CCAUUUUAUUUAUAGAAGAUUUAAAAAGAGCAUUGAAUAGCAGCCUGUCGAGGCGAACUCGCUCCCCCUCUCUCCCUCUCUUUUUGUCUUGAGAAUGCCAAAGCUUGAACAUUUGCAAUGUUUUUAACUCUGCGACUGGAUUUCGCCCGGGAGGAGAUGGCUACAACACUGCAGUCUGAUUAAUUCGGAAUUUUAAAACAGAACAAAGAUCCAGCACUACGCAUAUGUUUGUUAAUGCAAUGCUUUUUAAGUGCGAAUUUGCAAUUUCGUGCACUUUGCUGCAGAAUAUCCGGCUAUUUGUUUCCUGUGUGCGCUUUUAUGCACAAUAAAUAACCUCAAUAUUUUUCUUUUUUAUUUUUGAAAAAGAAAAUCUAAAAUCUCUGCGUAAUUGCACAUUUUGAGACGUUUUGAGCUGUAGUUUCUCGGUUAUGUUAGCUGUGGGGCAAAUGGACGGACCUCGUCAGGGCGCCUUCCUUCUUAACACCUCGCCUUUAUCCGCUCUGCACAGCAUGACCGAAAUGAAGACGCCCUUGUACCCCGCUUACCCAUUACCGUCUACCGGCCCGGCGUCGUCUACCUCCCCUACCUCGACCUCACCCAACCCGGGCGGGGUCCCGGUGUCUUCCCCGGGUAUCAAAACAUCAACGGCUGGACUCUCGGUUCUCGGAUCCCAGCAGUGCGGGGCCUCGGCCACUCCACAUGGGAUAAACGACAUCCUCAGUCGGCCGUCGGUGGUCGCUUGUGGGGCAGCAACCUCCCCAGCUGGUCUGCUGUCUGGUCUGCCCCGCUUUAGCAGCCUAAGUCCACCUCCACCUCCAGGGCUUUACUUCAGCCCAAGCGCAGCUGCCGUGGCCGUAGCCCGCUACCCCAAACCUCUUGCCGAGCUGCCCGGCAGAACCCCUAUAUUCUGGCCAGGAGUGGUGCAAAGCCCGCACUGGAGAGAUGCCAGAUUUGCUUGUACGCCUCAUCAGAACUCAGUGCUGCUGGAUAAGGAUGGAAAGAGGAAACACACAAGACCCACGUUUUCCGGUCAGCAAAUUUUCGCGCUGGAAAAGACUUUUGAACAGACCAAGUAUUUAGCAGGACCGGAGAGAGCGCGUCUGGCCUACUCUCUGGGAAUGACAGAGAGCCAAGUGAAGGUGUGGUUUCAAAACCGGAGAACGAAGUGGCGGAAGCGGCACGCGGCUGAGAUGGCCUCGGCCAAGAAGAAACAAGACUCGGAGACAGAGCGACUGAAAGGCGCGUCGGAAAACGAAGAUGACGACGACGAUUACAACAAGCCUUUAGAUCCAAACUCGGACGACGAGAAAAUCACACAACUCCUAAAGAAACACAAACCGAACCCCGGGCUAAUAAUGCACGGAGGGGACACCGACAGCUCGUAAAUAAGCCCGCAGAGGAGCCUUGUUGACUCUCCAGUGCAGAAUCACAAAAUAACUGCGUGUUUUCACUUAGUUGUGAAAUGUGUGUGUGUUUUCGCGAGGAAAAAGGAUGCAAAAUCAUGCACUGCCGGAGGAACUGAACGCAUCACUCAUUUCAAGUGGACCUUUAUGUAAAACAACAGCGUGAGUUGUAUUGAAUAGAAAUUAUAUUACUGUGAAUAUUUAUGUGUAAAGUAUGUUUUUGUAUAGUAAACAUAGGCUCUUUUUCUGUUCUUGAUUAUGUUUUGUUUGCAUCCCCACACCGGAAUAAGCGCAUCACAUUUUUAUUUUAACACCUGUUUUCUUCUUUUUCAUUCUUUCUUUUCAAAUAGCUUUUCAAUUUAAAACCACUACAGGCCAAAACACCUAAAGACCAGUUUUGCAGUUCAAGUUUGAUUAAGUUUUGAAUGUAAAUAAUCAACAAACAUUAACAAUGAAUCUAUAUUUGUAAAAUAACCCCUAGUGUUCGUCUCAAAAUAAUAGGAUGUUCCUUUUUUCACACAUAAGUUAUACAAUUUUACGUUUGUAACGGUGUUGGAUGCGGGAAAUGCGCUUUGCA